UCCUUCACAACAAAUAAAACAAACACUAAAAACAUCAAUAAAAACAUCAAUAAAAACAUCAGUAAAAACAUGAAUAUAUUCAAAACAACAAUAAACGAACAACAACAACAAAAACAUUUAUUACCUCAACAACAACAUGUUUUGAUUAAAAAUUCCCCAAUGUUUUUACAAACAUUAAAUAAUUCUUUUAAUGAAACAAAACAAUUAGAACAACAACAACAAUUUGUUUGUUCUCUAGGAGUUCAUGUUUCUAUAUGGCCUUCCUGCCUUCUUUUAAGCGAGGCAUUUAUUAAUGUUGCGUUUAUUUCCGUUGUUAUGUUGGUAAUUGUACUUGGUAAUCUAAUGGUUGUCCUAACAGUCAAGUUUGACUCCAAACUGCGAGCUCAACGACAAAAUUGGCUUAUUGUUUCACUUGCUGUCGCCGAUUUUUUAGUUGGAUUAUUAGUUAUGCCAUUAACUUUGCUUUAUGAAAUUAUUGGGGUUUGGAUUUUAGGAGGUUUUCUUUGUGAAUUAUGGCUGGCUUUGGAUGUUCUUUUCGUUACUGCCUCAAUACUCCAUAUCUGCAUUAUUUCACUUGAUCGGUAUUGGUCAGUAACACAACCCUUAACUUAUCCAAUUAAAAGAACACCAACUAGAAUAUGUGUAAUGAUAGGUGUGGCCUGGCUGGUUUCUUUUUUAAUAAGUUUUCCUCCACUUCUUGGAUGGCGUCCCCAAAGGAGCCCAGGAGAAUGUUCAGUAUCAUCAGAAUUGGACUACGUCCUUUACUCCUCCUUAGGCUCUUUCUAUAUUCCUAUAGCAGUUUUGGUAAUGGUCUAUUGGAGGAUUUAUGCAAUAACUAAAAGACAUAGCCAGCAAAGAUUAAAAGAUACCCAAAGAAUGGACGAAACGCUUUACUCAAUGACUGGGGGAUCGACAAAAAUAAAUGGAAAAUUGGAAGAAUUUAAAGAAAAAAAUAAUUUGGAAAAUUUAAAUAAUUUAUCUAUGGAAUCUGAUGUUAAUUCUGUUUGUGCUAAAACAAUUAAGGAAGAAGAAAAGGAUGAAGGGGUAAAUAUUGGGGAAAAAAAUUUUUUUUUUGAAAAGUUUAAAAAUUGAAAAGGUCCACGGAUUAAGCGAGACCUUUGCCCAAUCGUAUUCGUCUGGGACACGC